GUACCAUUUACUUCUACCUACAAGCUUGUGAUUCCCUUACCGGCGAACCUCUCGAUCAAUCGCAGCUUUGCAAUGAUUAACCGGCACCAAACGUUUGCCCGAAGGUCGCCCGAGCAACGACUCCGACGAGCGUUCAGCGAUAUCUGCACCUCAUAUUUAAAUGAACGGAUAACAAGCCUUCGGACUCAUCACUCUCACUUUCCAAGGCUCUUGUCUGUUUCGUUCGCGUGUCAGCUAUGGCUGAACUCCCUAGCUUCCAGGUGGAAGCAAAAACCAUAUCCACCGCUGUCGAUGUGGAGCAGUUAGACACCAACCUAUUCCGCUCCAAGUCCCUUUGGAUUCCCUUCCGUGCAAGAGGUGUCUUUGGAGGACAGGUCAUCUCACAAGCUUUAGCAUCGGCUACGAGAUGCGUACAUGCAGCAUAUGGACUUCAUUCUUUGCACUGUUACUUCUUGCUUAGCGCAUCCCCGGCCAUCCCAAUACUCUACCACGUCGAUCGCGUUCGGGAGGGCAGGACAUACUGUACACGAGCAGUCCGGGCAGUCCAGAAUGGACGAACGAUCUUUGUGAUGCUCUGUUCGUUCCAGAAGCCGGAGUUGAACCAACCAAACUAUCAAUGGCCUAUGCCCUCCAACGUUCACAGUCCGGAUGCUUGCAAAGCAGUCCAUGCAAGAGCUCUCACAGUUAUUCAGGAGCCAAGUGUCGAUCCCUUCGUCAAGGCAUAUUUGUCGGACUAUGUUCAAGAACGAGAGCAAAGCCCGUUCGAAAUCAAGAACGCCGGCUCGCAAGUCAGUGAAAGCGGUGUGAAGUUCUACAUGUACUGGUUCAGGGCCAAGAAUAUUCCUCAAUAUGAAGCAUCCUUCCAAAAGUGCAUCCUGGGCUACAUCUCGGACUCACAUUUUAUCGGAGUUGCAGCUAGGACACUCGGCAUUGAUAGGUGGAAGAAACCUCCAAAACAUAUGAGCAUGAUGUCGACAUUAGACCAUUCCAUAUAUUUCUAUGACGACAAUUUCGAUUGCGGUGACUGGCUCCUAUAUGUUAUAUCGUGCCCUCGUGCUAGCUCAGGUCGUGCCGUCGUACAUGGACGUAUGUACAGCACAGACGGCGUGCUGAUCGCAGCAAUGUCACAGGAGGGAGUUCUCCGAGUAAGUAACAAGGAUCCGACGGAUGAGGCGCAAGAGAUGGCAAAGUUGUGAUAUGGGACACUUACAUUACUUAUCCUGGCUUAUAAUAUACACUUAGAAUUCACCUCAUGUUUAAAGCUAG